AUGAGUCAACCCACGGCUGAGGCUGGGUCCGUGUCCGAGACCAAGACUCAAAACUCCGUGCCCGACGUCAAGAUUGAUGAUGCUGUUGCCACCGAGACCGCCGCAGACAAACCAGCAAAGGACGGCGGUGCCGAGGUUACCACGGACCAGGUAGUCGAGAAAGGAGAAAGUGAGGCAAACGGCUCGAAUGACGACAAGGCCAAGGAUGGGAAGACCGACGAGGCGAAGGUGUCGGGCGACAUGCUUAAGACCAAGGCUCGCAUUGAUCACAAGAACCGCUCCUCGAAUCGGAAAUUUGACCCUUCGGUGCUGCCCGAGACCGACGAUCCUGACAAGAUCCGCAAUCAGGUUGAGUUCUACUUUGGAGAUAGCAAUCUCCCCACUGAUAAGCACAUGUGGAACCUGACUGGCGGCGAGGAGAACAAGCCGGUCAGCCUCAAGGACAUCUGUUCGUUCGGCCGCAUGCGCUGCUUUAAGCCGUACUCGGCUGUCGUAGCUGCUCUCAAGGACAGCAAGACCCUCAUCGUAUCCGGGGAUGAAGGCGAGGAGGUCGUCAAGCGCAAGAAGGCCUAUGUUCCUGCCUCCGAUCUGGCCCAAGCUCGGAUGGCCGCCUCCGUCUAUGUCAAGGGUUUCGGGGAUGAGGAGCCAUCCACCCAGUUCGAGAUCGAGGCAUUCUUUGCCAGAUAUGGCCCCGUCAACGCCAUUCGUCUUCGCCGAACCCCCGAGAACCUCUUCAAGGGUUCCGUUUUCGCCGAGUUCCAGACAGAAGAGCUCGCCAAGAAGUUCCUUGAGCUCGAUCCGGCACCGACAUGGAAGGGCCAUGAGCUCAUGAUCAUGCCCAAGAAGGCCUACGUCACCGAUAAGACCAAGAAGAUACAGAGCGGCGAGAUAGAGGCCUCGCACAAUAGGCCGAAACGUUUCUACGAAGGAAAAGAAAUCGGGGGGCGGGGCAACAACCGCGGCAGGGGGCGGGACUCGCGGCGCUCCGGAGACCCGGAUGACUGGAAGAAGCGCCGGGACGAGGACCAGAAGGGCGGAUUCAAAGAUCGGCGUCAUCAACGUGGCCGGGGUGGCCACGGAAGGGGUCGGGGUGGUCGGGGUGGCCGAGGUGGCCGCGAUGGUCGUAAUGGCCGUGACAACGGCGAGGAGCGCACUGAACGGGCUGAUAAUGAGUACGUGCUCUCUAAACCCAUCGUUAAAACCCCCGUCGUUCAGUCGGGCGACUCAACUGGAGAGGCCAAGGCUCAGGCAGUCGAGCAGCCUGCUAAUGGCAAGCGUGCUCGCGAAGAUGAUGGCGGAAGCGAGCAACCUGCGAAGAAGGUCGAUACCAAGGCUGCGGAGGUCUCGGCGGAUGCCUCUUAA